AGUUUUUCCCUUGGCCACACCUUUCCUACUGUGCCAGGCUCACCAUUUGUUCUGGUCAGUUACGCAAGUUGUGCGACCUCGCCGACUAACUGUAUCACUUGCGCGCUUUAGCUCCUUACGCCGUUCACGGGAACCACCCCCUAACCAACUUCGUCAAGGUUUUGGCCGAUUCUGUUCUUAGUCUUAACAUAACUUAACUUUAUCGCGUCGCCAUGACGAGAUCAGCUUUUCGUGUUCCAAGUCUCGCUUACAAGUACUAAAGCAAUUUUUAGCUUAUUUACUUAUCCGCUUUUGUCACAGUCCAAAAAAGCCGGCUUCUCGUCUCAGCGCGCCUUAGCUCGCUUAUAACUCCCGCGUCGCGCCCCCGCACUAGCAGAAAAAUGGCGGAGAGCAGCGGCAUGGUUCGCGCCGACCUUUUAGACUUCGACACGUUCGCCAAGGCGGAGGGCAUCGGCGGCAGGACCGAGGGCGUCGUGUUGCAGAAGGCGCUUCCCCCGCAGGCGCGCCCGCAGCCCGAUCAGCGCCCUCCGCCGCGGCCGCAGAGCAACGGCGCGCAGCGGGACGCGGAGAGACGGCAGCACCACCAGCCGCUGCUCGUGGAAACCCCCCCGUGCCGGUCUCCGUCAGACUCGCUAGGAGCGAACUCGAUAGAAGCGACCCCGAUAGAAGCGAACUCGUUAGAAGUGAACUCGCUACCAGCGGAAGGAAGGGGGGCAGGAGCGGAGAAAAAGGCGGCGUGCUUAGAGAUCGAGAGUGGGGAUGAGGGGACUGACGGUCGAGGCGAGGAGAAGGGCGAUGGGAAACCGGCGUGGGAUAUGGACAUGUCAAAGGUGCUCUGCACCAAUCAGCUGGCAGCAGGCGCCUUUGGGCGUGUCUACCACGGGCUGUACGGGCAGGAUGACGUGGCAGUGAAGCUGAUCAGCGUGUCGCCCAGCAUGCCGGCCAAGGAGCUGGAGGGCAUCGAGGCGAGCAUUCUGCAGGAGAUCUCCGUCUGGCACACGCUGUCGCACCCCAACAUCGUGCAGUUCAUCGGCGCUUCAUUGGAUGCCGCCAACAUCGUCGCCCCAGCUGAGGCCAAGCCUCCCCCAGGCACGCCCCUGUGGGCGAUAGUCACCGAGUACAUGUCAGGCGGCACGCUUCGGAACUAUCUGGCGAGGCGGCGGCGGUUGGGGGAGAAAGACGUGGUUCGGAUCGCCCUGGACGUGGCUCGGGGUUUAGAGUACCUGCACUCGCAUCACAUAGUCCACAGGGACCUAAAGUCCGACAACAUCCUGGUGAGCUACAAGGGCAACGUGAAGAUCGCAGACUUCGGCGUGGCGCGCACCGAGGCGAAGAACGCUGGGGACAUGACGUGCGAAACGGGCACCGUGCGGUGGAUGGCGCCAGAGGUGAUUGACCACAAGCCGUAUACGCGCAAGGUGGACGUGUACAGCUACGGCAUCGUGCUGUGGGAGCUGGUCACCUGCGAGCUGCCCUUUAAAGGCCUCACUUUCAUCCAGCUGGCGUACAACGUGGUGCACAAGAACCAACGGCCGGACAUCCCCCCCUCGUGCAACCCUGAGCUGGCCAGGCUAAUGGCAGAGUGCUGGGACCGCGACCCUGCAGCCAGGCCCGAGUUUGCCGACAUCGUGCCGCGGCUGGAGAGGAUUCAGGCAGAGGUAGGGCCGGGUGGCGAGGGCGGAACUAGGGCGGAGAAAAAGGUCAGCUGCUGCACGGUGUCGUAGCACUGCGGCUGUUGUUACAUGUGUUGCUAGGCACUAGUUUGCCGAUACAGUAUAGUGCAGCGAUAGUGACUGGAAAGGAUCUAGGCAGCGAUAGGGUAGGGUUGUUAGGUCAAUGCCAAGGCUGACUCGGGUGGGGUGCUGUGUGGUAUCAUAGCCCCCCUUGCUCUUUUUAUAUGUAUUUCUACUAGUCACUAUUUUUCUGGAUGCACAAGCACUCUGUACCAGGACAUUAUUGUGCCUCAAUGUGGUGUUUCA